UGGCAUUAUUCGUAACAACACUGUAGCAAGCAGACAGCCCCAACAUAAACCGUUCGAGUACCCUGCCAGGUCUGAAUAAAAAUGCCAGACGACCAAGCUGAAGCAAAAGCUCACCUCAAAGAGCAUGGCUGGGCACGGAUUUCCUCCGUGCUCACCAAGGAGGAGGCGGCACAUGCGCUGGACCGGUUGUGGAAAGCCAAGGCCGUGGUGGAAGCUGAAGGCGAGCAGACAUAUCUGGAUUUCCUGGACCCAAACCCAAGCAAUGUCCGCGUCUUCUACCUCAUGGCUGUCGACAAGAUCUUCCGCGACCUGAUUUCCCAUCCCACCGCCAUUGAUAUGGUGAGGUCACUGCUAGGCGAGGAGUUUAUAAUCUCCAACUUCACGGCCAACAUCGCCCGGCCAGGAUCCAAGAGCAUGGCGCUGCACUCUGACCAGAGCAUUGUCUUCCCGGACCCCUGGCAAGACAUCUGGGCUCUGAAUGUUAUUUGGUGCCUGACCGAUGUUACUAAGGAGAAUGGGGCGACGAUGUACAUCCCUGGAUCGAAUAAGUGGGUCACGCGAAAAGAAGUUCCCGAUAACGCGCCCGAGCUGCUAGUCCCGUUUCAAGGCAAGGCGGGUGACAUUAUUAUUAUGGAUGGGCGAGUAUGGCACACAAGUGGGUCCAAUACGACCAAGGACCAAGACCGCGCACUAUUAUUCGGGUACUACACCAAGGGAUUCAUGCGGCAACAGGUCAACUGGACAGCAAAGUUGUCAAAAGAGGUACAAGAAACGCUGACCCCAGAACAAAAGAAGUGGCUUGGGCUAGGUAUUGUCGGUAAUAUUGGGGUCACGGGUGAUUUCAGAUACAUGUCGGUGCAGUAUCCGGAGUCAGGAGUAGCACAGUGAGAGUUCUGUCACAACGGACGUUUAAUUCGAGAAUAAGCAGUAUACACAUGG